CACAGGCUUAGUCACAAUUGGGCUGACAGCAGAGCGUGGCCCGGCCUGCCAGGUCCCAGGGCAGCCUUGCUAGCCCAGCCCAGGCUGGCCCGCUUAGCCACACAUGCACCAUGAAGUACCCUCUGGUGCCACUGGUGAACGACCUCACGUUUUCUUUCCUGGUGUUCUGGCUCUGCCUGCCUGUGGCCUUGCUGUUGUUCUUGUUGAUCGUUUGGCUACGCUUCUUACUUAGCCAAGAUUCAGAGGAAAAUGACUCAGAUUUAUGCUUUGAUUGGGAGCCCUGGAGCAAAGCCCCAACCAAGUUUUGCUGGGAGGAGACACUCCAUAGCCAAGAGGAGGAGAGGCCCUGCUGCUUGGUUUUCCUGGAGUCAGCUGGGCAGCGGCAACGGCCGAAGUGGAUGGGGAACUCUCGCCAGGGAGGGAGGAGGACUUUGGCGAGUGAGGUGCUUCCCUGGGACCCCCAACCCAUCUCCUCCAUCGAUGGACACACGAAAGCCUCCAGAGGACCCAGCUAGUCUCCAUUAUCAACGACCUUCCCAGGCCCCUGGGGAGGAGCCCAAGUCUGUGAAGACGAUGUAAGCAGGCACACGAGGAGAAGUUGGCCAACUGAAUUCAGAGAAGGUCCUAGGGCAGGGCUGGGCCAGAGGCUGUGGGUCCAUAUUAAAGAAAUGGGGGGGUUCCUGUGCUCAGGAGACCCCUGACAAACCUGCUGGGCCUGACCAAGUCCGUUUGUUCAAC